AGGGGAGUGGCGUGGAGAGCAAGCUCCAGAUUUUAGCACCGUUCCUUGGUUAGCCUGUCCGAGAGUCCCCCAGCCUCUGGGCCAUGUGGCUCCUUGACUGGAUCGUCUCUCUCAACACCGCCAUGGUCAAGCUGGCCACCGGCCUAAGGUGCAAACCAGAUCCUGCGCCGCGGGGAGGAGCAUCCCAGCAGAAUGACUCUCCUUUCCCAGACCAGGAUGAGGAGAUACUGGGCUCUGACGAUGAGGAGCAGGAAGACCCCAACGACUACUGUAGAGGAGGUUACCACCAUGUGAAGAUAGGAGACCUGUUCAAUGGGCGAUACCAUGUGAUCAGGAAGCUGGGCUGGGGACAUUUCUCCACCGUAUGGUUGGCCUGGGACAUACAGGGGAAGUGUUUUGUGGCCAUGAAGGUGGUGAAGAGUGCAGAGCACUACACUGAGACAGCUCUGGAUGAGAUCAAGCUCCUGAGAUCAGUAAGGAACACGGACCAGAACGACCCCAGCAGGGAGAGGGUGGUUCAGCUACUGGACGACUUCAAGAUCUCUGGCAUGAAUGGAACUCAUGUCUGUAUGGUGUUUGAGGUUCUGGGUCAUCACCUGCUCAAAUGGAUCAUCAAGUCCAACUACCAGGGCCUUCCUCUGCCCUGCGUUAAGAGCAUCAUACGACAGGUCCUCCAGGGGCUGGACUACCUUCACUCCAAGUGUAAGAUCAUCCACACAGACAUCAAGCCAGAGAACAUCCUGUUGACGGUCAACGAGCCCUACAUCAAGAAGAUGGCUGCCGAGGCUACAGAAUGGCAGCGGACUGGAGCUCCACCCCCCUCCGGAUCCGCAGUGAGCACAGCCCCAGCACCCAAACCAACGGCGAAGAUGUCUAAGAACAAGAAGAAGAAGAUCAAGAAGAAACAGAGGAAGCAGGCAGAGAUGUUAGAGAAGAGGAUUCAGGAGAUGGAGGGAGUGCUGGAAGGAGGAGAGGAAGAGGAGGAGGAAGAGGGGAGGACAGAGACCACUACAGACGCCCCACCGCCCUCGUCUGACACGCUACAGGACAUCGCUAAUGAUGUCACAGCAGGUCCAGAUAAAACGGAAGAGAAGGAGUGCAGGAUGGAGGUGACCUGCAACGGUCACGCCCACUCGGAGGGGGAGGAGAACACGGUGAGCCAGGCGGUACAGAGGACCAAUGAAGAAGAGCAGGAAGACGAAGAGGACCAACAGAAAGACAAACUCAACGCCGGCACCCCCGACAACGCCAGCAUGGAGGGUCGGGACUUGCCGGUCAAUGCAGCUUACCCGGAAUACAACGGCACAGGGCCCGGCAUCCCACACGAUCCCGGAACAGACGGUAAAGAAGGGAGAGAGCAGGGGAAGGAGGGAGAGAUGGAGGAGUGUAAACGACCAGAGAAGGAUGAGGAAGAGAUUGAGACUGAGGUGAUGCCUGGAACAGAGGAUGAAGAGGAGAGCGAGAGGAACGAUAAAGUAGCUGCAGGUAGUCUGUUGGUCAACCCUCUGGAUCCUCUCAAUGCAGACAAGAUCCAGAUCAAAAUAGCUGACCUGGGGAACGCCUGCUGGGUGCACAAGCACUUUACAGAUGACAUCCAAACUCGUCAGUACCGUUCUCUGGAGGUGUUGAUGGGAGCGGGCUACGGGACGCCUGCUGAUAUCUGGAGUACUGCCGCAAUGGCCUUUGAGCUGGCUACAGGAGACUACUUGUUUGAGCCUCACUCUGGACAGGACUACACAAGAGAUGAAGACCACAUAGCGCUGAUCAUUGAGCUACUGGGCAAAGUUCCUAGGAAGCUGAUCUUAGCAGGAAAAUACUCCAAGGAAUUCUUCACCAAGAAAGGUGAACUGAGGCACAUUACCAAGCUGAAGCCGUGGGGUCUGUUGGAGGUAUUGGUAGAGAAGUAUGAGUGGUCUAAAGAGGAGGCAGCUACCUUCGCCAGCUUCCUGCUCCCAAUGUUAGACCUGGUACCAGAGAAGAGAGCCACGGCUGCAGAGUGCCUCCGACACGCAUGGAUCGCCCCCUAGAGGAUCCCUGGCGCUACUACAGCCACAAGCAAUACAUAUACAGUACAUACAGACAUGCACACAUAUACAUGAACAUGCGUACAUAUACACACAAACCCAGACACUCUUCAACAUACAUGCACACAUUCAAACAUACGUAAACGCACACCUCAACGGAGAGCCAGUGCUUUCGCUAUGACUGCAUCUCCACCUAGUGGUUCAAGUCAACACAUACACUCCAACAUACGCACGCGCACACACUCACACUAGAGACUGGCUGCUGAAAACCCUAGGGUCAUAUAAAACACUGGUUCCAGAUAAUCCAGUAGAACUCUAUCUGUUUCUCUUAUUUGGUUCCUUGUUUCUACUGACUGGAUAUCACUUGAGUAUCUGAUGUAUUUUUGUUCCUCUUCUCUCCCUUUCUUCUCUCUGUACCAAUGAUGACACCUAGUAACACGUUUUGUUCUGAGAGUGUCCUUUCUUUUAGUUUACUUCUUGUUUGUUUGACAGAUGUGCAUGUUCAAUCAGAUUUAAGAUCUCCAAUGGAAUUUUUGUUCUGCAAUCAUAUCUCCAGAACACCAGCCGUCUACCACUAGACUAGCACAUCCAGAAUGUUUUUGUUUUAUGUACAGUGUUGAUAGAGGUUAGUUGGAAUCUUUCCUUCAAUAACAAAGCAUAUUUAUUAUGUGUUUGUGGGGAAGAGUAGCUGCCUAGAGUACGAUAAGGAAGGUUUGGACUCUUGUCAUAGAUUCUAAGGAUUCUCCAUGAAGUCUUCCUGAACUGGGAACCGAUGUGAAUGAACUGAAACUGACUGAACGGAAUGGAACCUUCUAGUUCCACGUGUGUUUCUGUCUCUUCUAUGACAUCAUCCCUGUCCUUCCUUGUCUCGCUCCAGGUAGCAGCUUUGGAAUGGCACAAUGUGGGGAUAGUACCAUAAACUCAUUUCAUUUAAUUUACUACUUUCUGUUACCUGCAUGGGUCCACAGACCACGACUAGACUAAUGCUACUGAAUAACCAUGUUUCAAACGUUCUCUCCUGUGGUGUUUAACAUUCCAGACAAGGUUUGCCUCAGAGAAGAAGAAAACAGAAUGCUAUGGCCGUUAGCCAGAUGAUGUGAUACAAUAUCAUGAGAAUUUUCCACUUUCACACAAUGAUCAGAAUCGGAAUACUACUGUAUCCGAUUCCAGAACGUCCAAUUCGGAUAUAUAUAUAUAUAUAUAUAUAUAUUUUCUAUUCAGAUGAUCGUGGCUGCCUUCCAAAAAUUGCACCCUGUUCCUAUAUAGUUAGGAACAGGGUGCCAUUUUGAACGCGUACCAUGUCUGGACCCCUGUGUUGUACAUAUCUGUACCAAAAGAGUUGGCCUUGGCUCUCUGCUUUCCCUCUACAGAACAGCGGCUGUACAGUUUUUAGGAGUUGCUGUUUGAACUGUGUACAUUAUAAAGGAGAGGAGGCUGGCUGGGUGCUUCCCAAAUGGCACCCUAUUCCCUACAUAGUGCACACUACUUUUGACCAGAUUCCUAAGGGCCCAGUUCAAAAGUAGUGCACUACAUAGGGAAUAGGGUGCCAUUUUGGGACAGAGCAUGUUGAAAAUGUUUGACUCGUUUAGGAGGUCAACUGAUGCUGAAUUUUAAAGCUUAUUUUCGUACUGACGUUGCCCCGCUUGCAGUGUUCUGCUGUUUUAACUGUAUCAAAGAGAAACAAAAUGGUGGAUUGUAAUAAUAAUGAUGAGGCUGUAAUAAGGCUUUGAAGCCCCCCCGCUCUUUUUCUACAAGCCUCCUCCCUUCUCGAUAAUCUUUCCCUGACCGCUCAUUGCCUCCCUUCCUCCUGCAUUUGAUUGUUCACUGCUAAAUUGAGCCCCUUUUCUGUAGUUAAUAAAAAUGAAGAUUUUGAAAAUGGCUGACUUGUAAUUGUUAGGAGGAUGCUAUAGUAUUUUCUAUAUUCCAGUAAAGCAAGUGUUGCCGAUGUGAAAAAUUUAAUAUGCUUUGUGGGUGAAAGUUGUCAAUGUGUUCAGAGGGUCCAUGGUUGGGGCAAGGAGAAGGACUAAAGAAACACGAUUACACAAGGUUGGCAAAUAUUAAUAUGGAACAUUUUUAUUAUUAUUGUGUUAUCAGCGUUCUACCAGGGACUUGAAUUAUUGUAAAGUGGUCCUUGAAUUGGAGUUUAUAUUGGCUCUCAACUAGCUGGGCUUUAUUCCAUCAUCAACAGUACCUCUCAGAUCCUUCAGUCAUGUUGUUAUUCUAUGUAUUGUAUGUAGUAAGUCUUCUGUGGUCGAUGAGCUCAGGCUUCCUCUGAAACAGAGAAAGAGAACUGAAUGUUACAUCAUGGGAGCAUUGUGUAAAAUGUGUUGGGGGGAGGGGGUAUGGAUGUGGGUACGCAGACCCAUGAGCCACUGCGGCCCCUCAUGAAGAGUUCUGUUUUUUGUGUGGCCCCCACCCCAUCAGAUGCCCAUACCUGGUGUAGAUUAAGGGAAGGAGACAGGUUAAAGAAGGAUUUUAAAGCCUUGAGACAUGGAUUGUGUGUGUGUCGUUAAGAGGGUGA